AUGACAAACAAAAGCACACUUGAUGACUACACUAUCUUAGAAAAGAUAGGAUCUGGUCUCACAGCCAAAGUCAAAGUUGUGAGAGAUUCUGAAAGUGGGGAGGUCUACGCUGCUAAGAUUUACAGAUCUAAAAGCUGCGAAGCUUCUUCUAGAAAUAUAAUCAGAACUGCAGACAAUGAGAUCGCGAAUUUACAACAGAUUUCUCAUCCGAAUGUAAUUAAGCUGAUUUGCUCAAAUAAAUCAGGAGAAUAUGUUAACUUUUGCCAAGCUUGAAACCCAAUCCCCACCACCCUAUGCCAAACUACCUAUCUUGAUAGUAAGAGAUAUUGCAGAUAUCAUUUUUACAUAUAUUACAUGCUUUAUUUCACAUCUCUAGUAUAUAACAAAUUUUUAUAUGUCUAGCAAGUUUGGCUCAUAUUUUUGAUUAAAUUGAAAUGAGAUAUGUAAAAUAAGCUAAAUAAACAAGUUAAUCUGUUAAAAUGUAUUAAUUUAGCACUAUCAGUUCUAAAUUAUGUAUAUGUCUAUAUAGAUAAUUAUAAUUGAAUUGAUUUAUUUGUGUCUAUCAAUUUUAAAGCAGCAUUCGACUAAAUAUAUAAAUUAAAUGCUAUAAUAAAACGAAAUCCAAUGUAUUUAUCUUAUUUAUUAGUCUAAAAAAUUUAUUACAUAAAAAUUCUUUUUAUACUAGGGAUAUGAAAUAAAGCAUUUAAUAUAUGCUUAAACAUGCUAUAAAUCACAUUUUAAUAGUUAAGAGCGAAACCACUGAAAUACCACUUAUAGUUCUUAUUAUCAUGACUAUAGUAGUUUGUAAAGAAGGGAUGGGGGUAGGUUUCUUGCUUAACCAAACUUUGUCUUAUAAAAGCUUAAAUAUUAUAAUUAUUUAUUUAAUCUCUUUUAGUAUAAAGCACUAUAAUAUAAAAAGAGGUUAAGAAAAGCGGAGAAAGGUACUCGUGUGCUUACAUUGUGAUGGAAUUCUGCCCUAAUGGCAAUUUCUACGAAACUAUAAGAAAUAUUGGAAGAUUUAAUGAAAAUAUUUCUAGAUUUUACUUCCAUCAAUUGAUAAACGCAAUAGAUGCAGCCCACCAAAGACACAUAGUGCACAGAGACUUAAAGCUCGAAAAUUUGCUGCUUGACGGCGAUUACAAUUUAAAAGUGACUGACUUCGGGUUCAGUGCUUCAGUUUUUGACAAGGAUGGGUCAAGAAUGCUGAGAACCCACUUGGGAACUGAAGGAUAUAUGGCGCCUGAGCUGUACAUGAACAUCAACUACUAUGGAGAAUCCGUUGAUGUGUUUGCAGCUGGCGUUAUUUUAUUCAUUUUUAGGUCUGUAAACCCUCCAUUUAGCAGAGCAAACAUGAGUGAUAGAAUAUAUGAAAUUUUAGUAAAAAAUCCAAAGAAAUUUUGGGGUCUCUACUCAAGGAACAAGCCUCAAAACUACUAUAGUGAGGAAUUCAAAAGUUUAAUAAUGGGAAUGCUUCAUCCAAAUCCUGAAAGAAGAUUCACUAUUUAUGAUAUAAAAAAUCAUCCUUGGUAUAAUGGUCCGAUAGCGUCUUUGGAAGAAGUCCAAAGCAUUUUUAGAAGAAAUGCUUAA